AUGGCUGCCGACAUGGAGAAACUCGACCCGGAGAAGCUUCAAGUUGAAUCUCGACCGGGUACCGGCCCGAGCAGAGAGAGGUCCCGCGAUUCUCCCAGUUUGAGCCAGAUACGCUCUUCGUCCAUUGGGCGCGUACGUUCAAACAAUGGCCACGGAUGCGCCGACUUAGAUGAAGGCGACGAGUCAACUGAUGAUACAGUUACACCUAGUCACCCUCAAGUUGGAAAGGAUCCAUUCGAGGUAGCAUGGGAGAGUGAUACCGAUCCAUUAUGUCCCAAGAGCAUGAGUCUUGCUCGAAAGUGGCUAGUUGUGAUAACUGUUGGCAUGGGUAGUUUAUGUGUGACAUGUACGAGUUCCAUUUACGCGUCAACGUAUACUCAGAUGAAUCCAGAGUUCCAUAUAUCGAGCAUCGUUGGCACCCUCGGCCUAUCGCUUUUUGUGCUUGGCAUUGCUCUUGGCCCACUGCUUAUGAGUCCCCUCAGCGAAUUCGUUGGCCGACGGCCGAUCUAUCUUAUCUCUUGGGCUCUGUUUUUAAUAUGGUUAAUACCAAGUGCCGUCUCUCACAAUGCCGCGACCAUGUUGGUCGCGCGAUUCAUCGAUGGGUUCGGUGGUAGCUCGUUUCUUAGCGUCGCCGGUGGCACUGUCAGCGACGUAUUUAAUCGAGACCAAAUUCAAGCACCAAUGGUUAUAAUAGCGUUGAGCCCCUUUAUCGGCCCCAGCCUAGGUCCUCUCCUUGGUGGAUUCAUCAACUACUACUCAACUUGGAGAUGGACGUACUACGCCAUGAUUAUCUGGGCCGGAGCUGAGUUCGUCAUGAUACUUGUCUUUGCGCCUGAGACAUACCACCCAAUCAAGCUCCGCGAGAAAGCUAGAAAGCUAAGAAAAGAGACCGGAGAUGAACGUUGGAAGGCACCUAUGGAAAAAUCAAACAAAUCUAUUGUGGCGACUAUUGGGAACUCCCUGCUACGUCCCUUUCAAUUACUUAUUUUUGAGCCCAUGUGCCUGCUACUCUGCCUGUUCUCGGCCAUAUUACUUGGUGUUCUCUAUCUAUUCUUUGGUGCAUUCGGUCUAGUCUUCGGCAACACUUACGGCUUCAACCUUUGGCAAUCCGGCCUGAGCUUCCUCGGUAUUUUCGGGGGCAUGAUCAUCUGUUCUGCGAUCGAUCCCAUCUGGCGUCGCAGAUACCUCCAGCUCCUGGAACAAAACAACGGACGCCCUGAGCCCGAGUUCAGGUUGCCAUCCGCAAUAGCUGGUGCAUUCCUUGUUCCCAUUGGUCUAUUCAUCUUUGCGUGGAGUGCCUACCCAUGGGUUCACUGGAUAGUGCCGAUUAUUGGAUCUGGCAUAUUUGGCUGCGGCACGCUCAUGGUUUUCACUGGAAUAUUCACUUUCCUCGUGGAUGCAUACCCGCUCUAUGCUGCUUCAGCCCUCGCUGCCAACAGUUUCGUUAGGUGUACAUUUGCUGCUGCUUUCCCUCUUUUUGGAAUACAAAUGUAUAAUAAGCUUGGUUAUCAAUGGGGAUCCAGUCUGCUCGCCUUUCUUACGGUGGCGAUGAUGCCGUUCCCGUAUCUGUUUUUCCGAUACGGAAAGCAAAUUCGCAAAAACAGUAGAUUUGCUACACAUGUAUAG